AUGGGAAAAACUGCCACGGAGAAUAACCCCUGCGCAUCUGUCGCUAAUGACAUUUGCGCUUUGUUCACUGCUUUACAAAAUGACAGAAGCAAGAAGGCCAUAUUGACAAACCUGACGAAGUUAUUUCUUCUUCUCUACAAUGAACGGAUGAAGAGGAAAUUGUUGUAUGGCUCAACGGAGGAGACGCGUUGCAGUGGUGACGAAGAGGACAACGCGAGUUUGAGAAGAAUUUUCAAGAAUGAUCUGAUUAUUCUGGACACGGGGAAGAAGGAGUACACAAAGUACGAGGAGUGGCUAAACGAGUGUUACGAUAAAUUUCUAAAUAUGCUCUUUGAGUUACUUAGCCAUAGUGAUGAAGUUCUUGUGACAAAGAGUUUGUCCCUUCUGUUUGGUAGUCUCCAAUUUGAAGCCAAGAUAUAUGAUAAAAUAGUAACUAGCGAAAUGGGAAAGGGAGCUAGCCAAGUGGGGACCAACCUCCACAGUGGCAUUCCCAUCCAUUUAUGUGGCGCUCCUCAAAAUGAAACGAAUGACACCACUCAUUGGGGGGAUGGAAGACCUAAGUUUAUAAAACAAAACGAGAUGCUCAGCAAUUCGAAGAAAGCCUUUCCCAUUAAACUUUUUAGAAAAAUAAUUUUCCAUCUGUUGAAAAUUGACCAAAUUAGUAUCAGCACGAUAAAAUAUAUUUGCAAAAUAUACUUGUGCUUUUAUUACGAUUUGAAUUAUUAUUUUUUGUCUAUCUUGAAAGCCUUUUGCAUUUUGAAGAAGGGUCUCCGGGAUGAGAAAUUCUACGGAGACGAUGGUUCGGGGAGUGAAGAUGACUUAUCAGGAGAGGGAGGACGCAAUGAGGGAUCCACCACGAAGGAGCAAGUUGCACGAGGAGAUAAAGACAUGUUGAGAGAUAACCCGAAUACAAACCUCCUCAUAUUUAGCAUUUUAAUUAACUCCAUUAAACCGGAAAAGAAAAUUAAAGACGCUCACAUUAGGAGGAAGGAUUACUUGAAGAGAAGCAGAAUUGACGAAUUGCUCUUCGACCUAAAUGAUGAGGAGUUGGGAGGACUGGCGAAAAGGAAGAAGAGACGUAUCUCCCGAAGGAAGGAGGAGAAAAUGCCAUACGACAAGCCCGAAAUGAAGAAAACGUUUAACAACUACGACACGGAUGAUAGCAUUGUGCACUCGUCUGGCGAAGAAUCAGACGGUGCAUCUUCCCCGGAGGGGGACAGUAGCACGGGUGGAAGUGACACAGAACAGGGUACCAAUUUUUUACGGAACGCAAACCUAAUGCACCGUGCAAGCUUCAGUGACGAAGAAUUUGACAUAGAUAAAGUAGACGAUUAUAUUAUUAGCCCAAAGAGGAAGAAAAAAAUCGAGCUAAAAUUGAAGAACAGAAAGAACAAUUUAUUUAUUAGUGAAAAUGUAGAUAAGAGGAUUUACGCCAGAUUGUAUGCAAGUUGUUGGUUCUACUUUAUAACCUCCUUUAACCACAGACAUUCGAUGGUUCUCCAGUUGUUACACUCUAUUCCACUGUUUGUAUUUCCAUACACAAAUAAUCCUUUCUACCUUAUUGACUUUUUCAACUACUCCUUCUAUUCAUCCGGGGGCUUGUACACAUCACUGGCUGCCCUUCCAGGCAUGUUUCACAUCCUGACGGAGUUAAACGUGGGGAAUUUGCUACAAGGGGGGGGAGAAACGGGCAGAUCCGGGGAGGACGAUAAGGAUGACGAUGUGGACAACGACUCCGAUGAAGAGUUAGAGGAGGAGGGAGAAGGAAAAAAUGAAGAGACAAACGAACAUGGAACUGCCCCCGAGCAAAACCGCCCAGACGAAGGGGAGAACAAGUUGAACGAUAAUAUGUAUACGGAUUACUACAAGAGGCUGUUCGAGCUGAUAACGCCAGCAAGCUUCUACUACGCCGACACGAGCUUCCUAAAGAUAAUUCACGCAUCUAUAAAAAACCAAAUGAUCCCGCUGCACUACGUCAUAUCCUUUUUGAAAAAGCUUCUGAGAGUAGCUUGUCUGACCUCCUACAACGUGUCGAUAAACAUCCUGAGUGUGGUAUACGACACGAUGAGUUAUUUCCAGAGCGAAUUAAAAGAUGCCAUGUCCCUUUCCGCCACUGUUUUUAUGAACCUAGAAAUUAAGGAGGAUUUAUUUUGCUAUGGCGAUUUGGGGAAAAAUUUUGAAAAAAAAAAAAUCAUCGAAAUGUUGAGGGGGAAUUGUAAAAUGUUGCGCAGUGAAGAUGGAAAUGUAGAUGGAAGUGCAGAUGAAAAUGCGGAUGGAUGUGUAGAUGACAUUGCAGAGGGGGAGGACGACGGUGAUCAUCACACCGAUGUACCAAACGGGGCAGAUAACCCCCUAUGCGCGGAACUGCAAGUAACGGAGAAGGAUAUCACCCCGCUGCAAACCACCGAUGCGACGCCGCAACUCAGUUCUACCAAAAAGCUGUUCAGCCUGCAGGAGUGCCUGCCAGACAAGUACCAAAUAAACAUGAACACCCUGAACAAGAAGGAGAUGUACAUGGCCAACCACAUAUUUUACGAAAUAAUUUUGCUGAACAACCAUUUGUGCGAGAAUUUGAAACAAUACUCGAAUGUGUAUCACUACAGCUUCGGCAGUGAUUCGUUUGCGAAGCCGCAAACUUUUUACACGAACCCGAGUAAGCUGAAUUUGCAGAUGGAGAAUUCUCUUUUUGGCUUUUUAAAGAAUUUUUUGAGCUUCAAAAAGAGGAAAGAGGCGGAUAUAGUGCCUUCUGUGGAGCGCAAAAGUUUUUCGACGGUCUUCCUGUGA